UGGGCGAACGAAAAAGUGGGUUCUGGCCAAAAAACUCAGCUCACCGAUGAAUUCCUUGAAUUACAGCAGAAAACGGAGGAAAGGCAUAACGGCCUUGACAAACUACAUGCAGCGACCAAAAACUACCUUAAGACCAUGUCAAAGAAGACUGAGUCAGAAGAGAAAAUGAAAACGUUACCAAUUGAAGCGCUCGGUUCUACCAUAAGGAACUACGGAGAAGAAAUAGGCGUUGAAUCUGCAUAUGGAUCGUCGUUAGUCAAACUUGGAACAGCCAACGAAAAGAUUGCAAACUUGCAAUUGGAGUUUGUUUCAAGGGUUCGCGAAGAAUUUCUUGAAGGAUUAGAGUCAACCAUUGGCGAGUUGAAACAGUAUCAACAAUUAAAAAGGAAAUUGGAAUCACGUCGACUUGAUUAUGAUGCAAAAUUAAAUCGAGUUCAAAAAUCUAAAAAAGAGAAGCCGGAACUAGAGGAGGAAUUGCGAGCAUCUAAAGAAAAAUAUGACGAGACGAUGGAAGAACUGUACGGAAAGAUGCAACAUAUAAACGAUUCGGAGGAGCAAUAUGUCCAGGAGUUGACAUCAUUCUUAGACGCACAACUUGAAUAUUACAAGAAGAGUUUCGAAAUUCUUUCGGGUGUGAAAGAUGAUUGGGUUGAGAGCUCGUCAAUAAAACCAAAACGUCGAACACCGGUAAGAAAAACGACUUCAGAUUCAUACAAUUCGCAUUCAGAUGAUGUCGUCGACGAGCAAUAUUCAGAUAGUGGAAGUGUUCACUCAAACCACGACCGUUCUAAAAAAUCACGUCCAACCCCUAAAAGAACUUUAAGUCGCGCGAGCAACUCCAAAUCAGAAGAUUCAUACAACACUUCUCACAAUGUGUCAAGUUCGUCCCGAAGAAAAAAUACAGCAUCUGGUGGAUCAUCUGUUAAAACCACAGACGCGAGAAGAGCGCCAAGUACACGAAAAACAGGCAUCUCACAAUCUACCAAAAAAAAACAAGUCCGAGCAAUUUACAGCUAUGAGGGUGGCGAAAAUGAUGAACUUGCAAUGGAGGAAGGAGAAAUAAUCACAGUCUUGGAAGAACAUGAGGGCUGGUGGAUUGGCGAAAUUAUUGAUCCUGAUGGCAGUAAACGAAGCGGUAUGUUUCCUGCAAAUUAUACGGAGGAGCUCAAGGAACAGCCUGAAAAUGAGUCAAUUGACGAAGAAGAUGAGGAUGAUUUAACUCAAAAUGAUUACGACCAGUAUGAUAUAGAUGAGUUGGAUGAAGAACCCGUGCAAAGAAAUUCGCCCCCAUCAUCGCGUUACACAUCAACUCGCCAAACGCCACGGUCUUCCCGCGUUCCGAAUUCAGAUGGAUCACCACCACGUGUAGGAUCAACUGUAAGUACACCACCCGUUCCAUCCCGUAAUUCGAAACCUCCUCCUGUUCGAAGUAAGUCAAGAGCAGUAUCACGACAAACGACCUCGGAUUUUUCAACAGACAUGCCUCGUUCCUCGUCGCCAACUAACAUUGGCGGUAGGAGUUCGUAUAUUCCCCAAGAAUAUAUUGAAAAAUCAGUCACCUCCAACCGCAACUUUGGUCCGUGCAAAGAAUGUGGCUGUGACGAUUAUUCUCCUAAUGUGUUCAAGAAGGAUAGUUGCAAUAAUUGCUUUCAUAAGCAUUAA